GCGGAACCAACCCCCACGCUUUCCACCGCAGAUUGCACGCGCCGCACGCAGAGAAUCCCAUCGCCGCCAGCACCGCUUGUAGCUAGCUGUAGGCUCCCUCACUUCCAACCUCCCACGCUUCCACUACUCGUCUUCUUCCACGGCGUCCACGCCCUGGCUGCGGCCCCUCCCCCAAUAGCAGCCUAACCCAGCGAGCACGAACCCAAGUCACCAGCGCUCCUCUUCUCUUCUCUUCUCCGUCGCGUCAGAAAUCAGGAGGCACAAGAGGAAAGAAUCGAAGAGGCUUUGUUUGAUCAAGAACCGUCGCUUCGAUUCCAUCAGCUGCAACAACCGCGACGACGACGACGACGAGAGGCCUCCCCUCCUCCGACGGCACGGCCACCGAGGCGGCGCCACCGCGAUGGGUUCUCUGGCGCUGAGGUGUAGUAACCCGCCGCCGCCUUUCUCCAAGUCGCCGGGUUCCCUGCUGCUGCUCUCCAAGUCGCUCACCCUCUACUGCUGAGCUGAGCCACCCCCGCGGUUGCUGUCGCUCAGCUCAUGGGCGCCGUAGCCUCGUCGGCGAGAGGGGGGCGGGGAGUUGAGGGGACGGUGCUGGGGGACUUGCCGGAGAGCUGCGUCGCGGAGGUGCUGCUCAGGCUGGACCCCCCGGAGAUCUGCCGGAUGGCGCGGCUCAGCCGCACGUUCCGAGGGGCCGCGUCCGGGGAUGGCGUCUGGGAGUCCAAGCUGCCGAGGAACUACGCUCGCCUCCUCGCCGUAGCAGCGGCCGGCGAUGGAGGAGAUCGGCAGGCUGCCGCCGCCGCCGCGGCGCUUGAGGCGGAGUCGCUGCCCAAGAAGGAGGUGUACGCGCGGCUCUGCCGCCGGAAUCGCUUCGAUGGCGGCAAAAAGGAGUUCUGGCUGGACAAGGGUGGUCGAGGUGUCUGCAUGUCAAUCUCGUCAAUGGCACUUUCAAUAACGGGCAUUGAUGAUAGACGAUAUUGGAACUUCAUUCCCAAUGAUGAAUCAAGAUUUCACACUGUUGCUUAUCUCUCACAAAUUUGGUGGUUCGAAGUCAGAGGGGAGGUUGAAUUCUGCUUCCCAGAAGGUACAUAUAGCCUAUUUUACCGCGUUCACCUAGGCCGACCAUUCAAGCGGCUUAGACGACGGGUUUGUAGCUCAGAGCACAUCCAUGGCUGGGACAUAAAGCCAGUCCGCUUCCAAAUGUCAACUUCUGAUGGACAGCAAGCUCAGUCCAAGUGCUAUUUAACCGAUCCCGGUGUCUGGAUCAAUCACCAUGUCGGGGACUUCGUCGUGAAGGACUCAAGCAAACCGACAAACAUCCGGUUUGCGAUGAUUCAGAUAGACUGCACACACACGAAAGGAGGCCUCUGUGUGGAUUCAGUGGUGGUGAAACCGCAGUACCUCACGCAGAAAAAGUCGCCUCAAUGUUAUGUGUAGUGGUGUUGAUAUACGUAGAGAUACACAUAUGCUCUAGAGUUUUUGUUCUUUAUACAAAAAGUGCAGUUGCAUUUACAAAGUAUUUUCCAGCCCUGUAAUGUAACUGAAGGGGUAAGUGAUUUUUAGUUACUCUUGUCCCUAUAGGAACAUGGUGCGCCUAUGUAAAUUGCCCAUUUUUUACUCUGAAAUAUACUAUGUCUGGUGUACCUCCCACAGGCUUUCGUCGAUCCAAAAUUUCCAAAUUG